UAUCAGGCCGCUGGCCCAUUUGGCCAGCUAUACUCCACACACACACACACACACACACACAGCCGCGGCCUCGAAGAGCGCUGGUUCCCCUCCUGCACCUGGCCUGGAGCUCGCCCCGUUUCUCCUCCCCACACCACACUAGCCUCUCCCCGGUUUUUCCCCAAAUCCGACGGACUCGAGGCCAAGCGGAGGCGGAGAUGGCGCUGCGGUGGGCGCUGCUCAGAUCGGCGGAGAUCUCUCCCGGUCGCAAGGCUGCACUUGAGUACUUGCAUUCUCUAUCAAAGGCACAGCCUACUAGUUCUAUCUCAUGUGCCGGCCUGCAUCCUGCUGGCAGAUCAUUCAGCACCCAGGCUGCUACUACAUCAAGCACACCACAGCCUCCACCACCACCCCCACCUCCAGAGAAGACUCACUUUGGUGAUCUUAAAGAUGAAGAUCGUAUUUUCACCAACCUCUAUGGUCUUCAUGACCCUUUUCUGAAAGGUGCAAUGAAGAGAGGUGAUUGGUAUAGAACCAAGGAUUUAGUGAUUAAAGGGGCAGAUUGGAUAGUGAAUGAAAUGAAGAAAUCAGGUCUACGAGGGCGUGGAGGUGCAGGUUUUCCGUCUGGCCUCAAAUGGUCUUUCAUGCCCAAAGUGUCUGAUGGACGUCCUUCUUAUCUUGUUGUUAAUGCUGAUGAGAGUGAACCAGGAACUUGUAAAGACAGGGAAAUCAUGCGCCAUGACCCCCACAAGCUUCUGGAAGGUUGCCUGAUUGCUGGAGUUGGAAUGAGGGCAUCAGCUGCUUACAUCUACAUUCGAGGUGAAUAUGUGAAUGAGCGUCUGAACCUUGAGAAAGCUCGGCAGGAAGCAUAUGCAUCAGGACUUCUUGGUAAGAACGCUUGCGGGUCAGGCUAUGAUUUUGAUGUACAUAUACAUUUUGGUGCUGGUGCCUACAUUUGUGGUGAAGAGACUGCCCUACUGGAGAGCCUUGAAGGCAAGCAGGGUAAACCAAGGCUGAAACCACCUUUCCCUGCCAAUGCUGGGCUGUAUGGCUGCCCCACAACUGUCACAAAUGUUGAAACUGUUGCUGUGUCUCCAACAAUUCUUAGGCGUGGCCCAGAAUGGUUUGCGAGUUUUGGACGCAAGAAUAACUCGGGAACAAAACUUUACUGCAUCUCAGGUCAUGUGAACAAACCUUGUACCGUUGAGGAGGAAAUGAGUAUACCUCUGAAGGAAUUGAUCGAGAAGCACUGCGGAGGUGUGAGAGGAGGAUGGGACAACCUGCUUGCAGUUAUCCCUGGCGGUUCAUCUGUUCCUUUGUUGCCAAAGCACAUAUGUGAUGACGUGUUGAUGGACUAUGAUGCACUAAAGGCUGUACAGUCCGGAUUAGGCACUGCAGCAGUUAUGGUGAUGGACAAAUCCACAGAUGUAGUUGAUGCGAUUGCUAGACUGUCAUACUUCUAUAAGCAUGAGAGCUGUGGGCAGUGCACGCCUUGCCGUGAGGGUACAGGAUGGCUCUGGAUGAUCAUGGAGAGGCUCAAAGUGGGCAAUGCAAAGCUAGAAGAGAUCGAUAUGCUUCAGGAGGUGACGAAGCAGAUUGAAGGCCACACAAUCUGCGCCCUCGGGGAUGCUGCAGCAUGGCCCGUGCAGGGUCUUAUCAGGCACUUCAGGCCUGAGCUGGAAAGGAGGAUCCGCGAUCGAGCUGAUAGCGAGCUGCUGAUGGCAGCUUCUGCAUGAGCACCACUUCUGUUUUCCUGAUUUUAUUCACAGAAAUAAUGCAAACCGGUGAAGCUCUUCUGUACAAGCAGAUGUAGCUUACCUUAUUGGUUCGAACCUUUUAUGUCCAUGUUUAUUUGAUGCGCUGGUGAAGCCUUGUGUGCUUUGAUGGAGAAGUAGAAACGAAUUUGAAGGAUUGUACCUUGUAUGUUACAUGAGCCUGUUUUUCUUCUUUAAUAAUGUUAUAAAGAAUGACUAUCCUCA